AGGCCGUAAUUUAUUGGGUGUAUGACCGUUUCUACACCCCACGAAUACAUACGAAAUGGCCAAGACACUCCGACUAGGAGCUCGGCUCCGUUACCCUAUUACAAUAACAAAUUUCCUAAAACAACCUGGCGACGAUGUAUCAAAACAAGAACCAAUCCUCCGAUACACAUUUAAAUACACGCGUACAGUAGGCGACCCAACUAUGAACGAAGAACACGAAAUAGAAGAAACAGGAGUCGCAGACUGGGACAGCCCUGCCGAGGGCAAACUGAAACAAUGGCGCGUGAAGAUAGGUGAAGUCAUCAAAAAAGACCAAGACCUUGUUAGCAUAGACGAGACUUGCAGCCAUGAGAUACAAUACGCUGGAUUAUGCGCCAUUUGUGGUAAGGACAUGAAGGAGGCGAAUUACGCCAGCGAGUCCCUCGACACUGCGCGCGCCACGGUCGCCAUGGUGCAUGAUAAUAUCGCUCUUACUGUAAGCUCUGAUCAGGCUGCACGCGCUGAGAUGCAAUUACAGCGUCGACUUUUAAAGGCCAGAAAGCUUAGUCUUGUCGUCGAUCUUGACCAAACUAUCAUACACGCCUGUAUCGAUCCUACUGUUGGCGAAUGGCAACGCGAUCCGUCCAAUCCAAACUAUGAAGCUGUCAAAGAUGUGCGCUGCUUCCAACUUGACGAUGGUCCACGAGGAGCUGCCAGCGGGUGCUGGUACUACAUCAAGAUGCGCCCAGGUCUAGCUGAAUUCCUCGAAAGAGUUUCUAAAAUGUUCGAGUUACACGUUUACACGAUGGGCACGCGCGCAUAUGCCCUUAAUAUCGCGAAAAUUGUCGAUCCUACACAAAAGCUUUUCGGCAAUCGAAUCAUUAGUCGAGACGAGAACGACAGUAUAACCGCCAAGAGUUUGCAACGGUUAUUCCCUGUCAGCACUAACAUGGUCGUUGUCAUGGACGAUCGAGCUGACGUAUGGCCACGGAAUAGGUCAAAUUUGAUCAAAGUUUCGCCGUAUGAUUUCUUCACAGGCAUUGGAGAUAUCAAUUCUAGUUUUUUGCCUAAGCGUGAAGAUAUCAUACCCGCCCCUCGUCCCCCGGAGCCGAAGCCAAAACCAGUCAAUGGCAACGCUGCACAACCUAGUGCAAGUGGUGUCGAGCCAAGUCCUACCUCGGAACAUGAAAGGGCGGUAGCGAAUGGGAAUGGGAAUGGCGAAGGCGACAAUGCCCUACUACAAUUACAAGCAGAAGAGCAGGAACGCACACUGGAGAAACAAUUGAAGGAUCGCCCCUUAUUGCAUUUACAAGAAGAAUUAGAUAAGGAGGACAAUGAAGCUGAGAAAAAAUCCACCGAGAACGGCGACAACCCAGAACCCGUGGUAAAUGGAGAGUCAGAUACUCCUUCACACCAACGGCAUAAGCUACUUCGUGACGACGACCGAGAACUGAAAUUCCUAGAGAAGCACCUCGCCAACCUACAUCAUUCAUUCUACGAACAAUACGAUGCCCGAUCAGCAAAUCGCCAAAGUGACGAGAUAAGACCCGACACUAUACCAGAUGUAGGAUCAACUCUUAACUUCCUCAAAUCCCAAGUCCUUAAAGAUACGAGAUUGGUACUCUCUGGUCUUGUUCCGUUAGACGUUGAUGUACGUAAAACGGAAAUAGGGAUGCAAGCAGAAAGCUUUGGCGCUGAAAUUCGGACGCGUGUGAGCAAUGAGAUUACUCACUUAGUUAUUAACUUUGCACGUCCGCGAACUCAGAAGGUUCGCCAGGCAGCACGCAUUCCGUCGAUUAAGAUUGUCAAUCAGAACUGGCUUGCCGAUUCAAUAGCGCAAUGGGUCAAGCUGGACGAAACUCCCUACCUAAUACAAAUACAUCCCGCAGACCGAAAUUCCGAUACACCCCUAGAUGAAGGAUCAGCAUCGCCACCUCGACCAAAGAUUACCAUUGUCACUUCUGGUCGUCAGUCAUAUGAGGAAGAAGCAAACGAUGAGAUUGAUGAUGGUGAUGCGGAUGGUUCAGGGGAGGAUGAUGAUGACGAUGACGACGACGAUGAGGAUGAGGACGAUGAGUUACAAGAUAGGUUCAAUGUAAUGCCACCUGACCUCGAAGACGGUCAACAAAGCCCCAUAGACGAUCUCGAUGGAAUGGAAUGGGGUGAUGUUGAUAAGGAGCUUGAAGAGUUUAUGGGAUCUGAUAUAGAUGACUCAGACUUUGAGAGCACUCAAGGUACGGAUGCCGGCACGGACACGGAAACGGAAGAACCUAAGGGCAAGAAACGUAAGCUGGGUGAAGAUGAUGAUGGUGAGAACAGCCUAGAAACUGGAGGAAGCGUCCUUUCUAAAAAGCAGCGUAUAGCAAAGGCGAGGACUACGGGUCUGCGCAAUGUGAGAAACGCUACUGAUGAAGAGGACGCGGAAGAUAGUGGCUUGCCGACACCGUUAGGUACGGGUGACGAGGAAGAUGGUGACCGCGAGAUGAACCCUAUUGGUGCUGGGAGUGGCGGUGGAGACGGGGCCGACGACGGUGGCGAAGAUGAUGAUGAUGAUGAUGACUUUGCCGACUUGGAAGCCGAGCUCGAGGCAGAAUUACAAGCCGAGGGCGAGAAAGGUUGAUCUACCUAUAACCAACCUACUGGCUAUCUAGACGUGAGGAACCGUGUUGCUGAUUAAGUUUGUCCGGAUUACGAGAAGACGAAUGAAUGCAUGACAUUGGCGGCGCAAAAAAGAAAAAGCAGGCAGGCAGGCAUCAUAUCAUCUUCAAGGGUUCUUCAACAUACCAUCAUCGUCAUGGGGCGUAUGUUCUUGCUCUAUCUUGUUGUUUUAAUCUACAAUGUUUAUAUCCUUUUCUUAUUUGCCUGAUAAGGAGUUUUGUUCAAGUUGCUGUCGAUAGGCGGAUAGGACAAUGGCAAUGGAAAGGCAAAGGCAAGGCAAUGGUACGUAGGUGGAGAUACCGGGAUAAGGGUGGCUUUUGUGUUGGGUUUUUCUACGCUUCUUCAGGUGUUUGGCUGCAUAGCGAAUGAAUUGAGUAGGGUGCUUAUAGUAAAGAAAUUUAUUCCCGUUAAUAUUUGAUAUUUAAAUGAUACGACAAGAUAGUCUCAUCGUCGA